AUGCUUUAUGAAGGAAUGAGUUUUAGCAAUUGGGAUAUAGCAUUAGAAACUAUUAGUACAUUUGCUAAACAAAAUGGAUUUGCAUUUAAAAAAGAAUGUGUAGAAUAUUGUUCUGAUGGCACACAUUUAAAUCUUUCACAACCAAUGAAAAAUAAUUUGCUUAACUCUGUUUAUAUUACAAUCUUUAUUAAUAAACAUAAUCAUGAAUUGUUACCCAAAAGGUUAGAGUUUAUUGAAGCUAAAAAAUUUACAGAUGAUAUGGUUAAGAGAGUUUUAUUUUAUGCAAAAGAUAUAGGUUUAAAUCCUCAUAGCAUUAAACAGGCAUUAGAAAAAGAAUUUCCAAAUCAUUUUAUUUAUGCUCAAGAUCUUUAUUCAAUACUUCAACAAUAUCAUCUUAUUCAAAAAUUAGAGCUUGCAAAUGAUGCUUUUUUAUUAUAUAAUGAGCUAAUAAAAAAAAAAAAGCAAUAUCUGAAAUGCCAAAUUAUUCUUUGGUCAAAGUAUUUUGAUGUAGUUCUUAACGAUAAUACUUCACAAACAAAUCAGUAUAAAAUGGCUUUAUCAUUAUUUUUAGUUGUAGAUAAUCAUAUAAAAUCUCAUUUAGUUGCACAAGCUAUUACAGAUGAUGAACCUGUGAAAGCCCACAAAUGGAUUCUUAAACAAAUUAAAAAAGCAACAAAUAAUGCAAUUCCAAAAGUAAUUAUAACAGAUGCGGAUCCUGCUUUAGAUGCAGCUAUUGCUCAAGAAUUUACAGGUAUUCAAUCAACAUCACAUGUAGAAAGCUAUAAUUCUGCAAUUAAACAAUCUAUUUUUAAUUCAAAUACUAAUCUUUUAGGACUUGCGGAAGUACUUGAAACUCAAAUUCAUAAGGAAGAUGAAAAUACACAGUAUCUUUAUUGGAAAACAAAUAUUCCAAAUACCUUUGCAAUUAAGGCAUCACAAGAACUAUUUCCUGAUAUAGAUGAAUUACUUACUCGCUUUCUGUCACCUACUGUUUUAAAAAUUCAACGAGAUGAAAUAAAAAAAGCUUUAAUAUAUCAAGCUACUAAAGUUGACAAUAAUGAAAUUUUACAGUGA